AAGUUGCUUGUGAUGCGUACGCGCACUCAGUCGUACCGCGUAUUUCAAACGUUGUGAACGUGCUGCCACCCAACGCACUCACGAUAAAACGCCGGUUCAAUGACUCUUUGAGAUCGAAAUGAGAUAUUGUCCAGUUGAUUUGGAAAUAUUGACUCAUCGAUGAAUGAUUUCGGAUUUGAUGAGAUGUUACAAAUAAUCGUCUAGACUAGAAUAAUCGAAUAAGAUUUAUUAAGGAAAACUUUAAUCAAAAUGAAAUCGAUUAUUAUUUUGGUAUUUCUUGCGGUUUUGUUGAUGCCCGAAGCUUUAGCGAAAACGAAAAGGUAUUUGAGAUUACAAACAGAUCCAUUGUCGAAGACACGUUGCGACUUGAUAUGCAUUGAUGCAAGCAAGGAAACGAAAUCUCAGUGUCGCUCAACAUGUCGCUCCCAAGAACGAAAACCAGGAACUUGCCCCGAUGGAGACAAUCCUAGAUGGAUGGCUGCUUGUGUUGAAGCCUGCAAUCAGGACUCACAAUGUGAUGGUACUCAACGUUGCUGCAAACAUGGCUGUAGUUCCAUAUGCAGUGAACCUGAAGACCUCUUGAACUUACCAGGCCUGCCAGCUCUCCCAGCGAUGGACGAGGUAAAAGAAAGACGCCGGGCGGUACAGAUUAAGUGGUCGGACGGCGUAGGGGACGCAGCAAGAGCAGUUCCAGGUCGAGUUUUGUACAUUUUAGAAGAACAACAUCAUUUAGGACCAAAGUAUGAAGAAGAAAGGCUUGGUGAUUGGAAUCUUAUACUGAGAACCAAUAAGACAAAAGUAUCUCUCCGAAAUCUUCUGAAACCCGGUCGAUGGUAUCGUUUUCGUGUAGCUGCCGUUAGUUCGUCCGGUACCCGAGGAUACUCUGCACCAAGUUCUCCGUUCACCCCACGUAAGGGACCAAGGCCACCGCCUCCACCUAAGAAACUUAAAGUUUUACCAGUGCGAUCAGAUAAUGGAACAGUAACAGUAAGACUAGAAUGGAAAGAACCUCGUUCUGAUUUACCUGUAAUGCGUUAUAAAGUUUUCUGGAGCAGACGUGUUCGAGGGUUAGGAGGAGAAUUGGAUUCAGUGCUUGUAAAUCACCAAACUGUUCCAAAGGAUCAAACCUAUGUAGAAAUUAGCGACUUACAACCUAAUUCGAUGUAUUUCCUUCAAGUCCAAACAAUUAGUUUAUUCGGUCUCGGGAAACUAAGAAGUGACAAAGCAGCUAUAUUCUAUAAUACCACGAGUGCAACAGAAGAACAUCCACCGGAAGCUCUUACUAAAAGAAACGACGAAAAGAGUAUCAAGGGUGUAAAAUUGAACAAAUUCAUAUGGCUGGACCAUAAAAUUAAAGCGAAAAUUUCAUGGGAGCCCGGAUUUCAACCCAAAGGGCGUAAAAGGUAUUUCGUGCAUUGGAAAAUCAUAGCAUGCCAACACCCAGUUAAGGAAUUGAAGGAGUUAUCGGCAAUUACCGAGCAAAACUCAUUUGAAAUUUACGAAUUGGAUUAUAAAUGCAAGUACAGAGUCAACAUUAAUAGGUCCUGGAACACGAAAACUCCAGAUUCGGAAUUCAUUUUGACCGUUCCCCAGUGCGAAUAUUUCAAGAAGAAAGUCAGCAGCACAACAGUUACUUGCAAAACUCAGUAAAUAUUAUAAAA